CAACAAUCGUCCAAACUUGCGGUGGCCAAGAUGGGCAGGGUCGGCAAGGUGAAGAUCCGCAAGCAGGAGCUGGAUGCAACACCAUGGGAGGUUAUGAGGGCCGAUGUGUUGCGGAGCCAGGCGAAGGCCCAACGCGAGAAGAAGCAACACCAGGACCAGCAACAGCAAGAAGAAGAGAAAGACGUGUCCAAGCGAGGCCAUGGGAGCUCGAGCAGUAGCAAGAAAAAGAGCCGGUGGGAGGUGGAGGAGCGCAAGCGCAGGGCUGCGCACAUCCGAGAAACCUUGCUUGAGAAGCAUGCCGCCCCAUCCAAGAAGAGCAAGCACAAAGUGAAAGGCACACAGUUGAUCAUCGCGGACGACGAGGAGCCCGAUCCAGGCCGCAUGAAAGAUAACCUUCAGAUGGGCCGCGCACGCUACGAGAUCAGCUUGGACCAGGGCAGUGCCGAUGCCGACGACGCGCUGGUUGUUCGGGAGAACACGGUGCAGGGUCUCCCCAUCUCGCACUUUGUCUCCGAGGAGGAGCUGGCAGCCAAGCGUCGCGCCGCAAAGAACACGAACAAGGGCGCGCGCAAAGUGGUUCGGUUCUGAAGCGGCGGUAGAGGAGAAAGAGGAAGAAGCAUGACAAUUGGUUGUGUGGGGGUUGCGUGGAGUGAGGUUGAGUGUGGGGUGGAAGGUGAAGGGUGGAGUAUCGGGUGGAAUAGAUGCGUCAGUGUUUACACUUGCGGGUGAGCGUCCACUUGCUGCGAUGAUAAGUGUCGUUGGGUUUUGCCGGCGGGCAUUGUGCUUGCGCGUGUGCUUGUUGGUGGUGGUGGUAAGGGAAAGGAUGCUCUAAAGGAUGCGCUGUUGCUAUGUUUGCUCCUGCCUGCUCUUGCGUUGAUUCUUUGUGCGUCUCGUUCUUGUGUUGUGACGUGUGAGCACAUGCGCCUCGCUUGCUGCUCUGUUGUGAUUUCCCAUGUACAAACCAAAGCCAUGUGCGUUCAAUACACGUCUCAUUCAUGUCAUCGAAGAAGCGCACAGUG